AACUGAUGCCGCAUUCUUGAUGCCGCAAGUCCUCAUAUAUGCCAGCAAUUUCUAAACCACUGAACUAAGGUACAUUCGAAUUAUUAUCGAUGGCCAACGGUAAAGUUUUGGUGGAAUUGUUCUACGAUGUUUUAUCUCCCUAUAGUUAUUUUUCAUUUGAAGUUAUUUGUCGCAGUAAAAGUCAUUGGAAGCAAAUGGAAUUGAGUUUGAGGCCCGCACUUUUGGGAGGCAUUUUUAAAGCCCUAGGAAGUCAACCGCCGCCGAAAUCAGUAGCCCGAUCAAAAUAUAUGUCUACAGAACUGAAGCGCUUUUCAAACUAUUACAAUGUUCCAUUUAAAUUGCCGAAAAACUUUGGGGAAUUUCAAUUACAAGGAUCUCUUAAAGCACAGAGACUACUUACAGCUGUUGAAAUGAAUUUUAAUAGUCAUUUGGAAGGAGUGUCCAGGCAAGUCUAUAGAGCUGUAUUUGUAACAAAUUCUGAUAUCACACAAGAUCAAAAUUUAUUUCAAGCUUGUACAGAUGCUGGAUUUUCAUCCAAUAGAGGUGAAGAUCUGUUGAACAUGAUCACUACUGAUAAAGUUAAGUUAAAGCUGAAGGAAUCAACUAGAGAAGCACUAGAUAAUGGGGCAUUUGGAAUGCCAACCUUUUUUCUUCAUAAAAAUGGGAAAAGGGAAAUGUUUUUUGGUUCAGAUAGGAUGUUUAUGAUAGCACAUUAUUUGGGGGAAUCCUGGCCUCCCCCAACAGUCAACAGUGUCUGAGUGUAGCUUCACUUUUUAGUUUUAAGUCUUGUUUCUGUGACAUGUUUUCUUACAAAAUUGUUUUAAUUUAAAUUCCAAAUGGUACUAAUUCAAUAAAGUUCUAUGCUUUCUAAAAACAGAGCUCAUGUUCAUAUUUGAUAAAAGAGCCCCUGUCACAAUUUGAAUUGUGGUACUUGCAUUAUUUUGUAUAAAGAUAAUGUGUACAUAUUUGUAUUACUGUAUUGUUUUUCACCUUAUUAUAUUACUGUGGAGAGAGACAUUUAGUCGCAUUUGCAUUAUUAUUGUGAUCUAAAACAAGGUUCACAUAUGUUAAAACGGGCGGCGUAAUUCAAUGUUAUCACUGUAAGUCAAUUUUUUUUCCAAUGCGUCAUGGUUCCCACUGGAAGUGGGACACACUGAGUGUUCAAGAAGUUUGGAAACUCUGAGCUAAGUAUUUAACAUCAGAACCUAAAAUCAACCCUAACUGCCUAAGCUUCACCGUUGCAAUGAGGAUUGGGUUCCUUCACUCGAGUGGAAGUGGUGACUCCUCUACGGCCAUGGCCCAACGAAUUGGGCUACGGCCCAUCAAGUUAAGGGUUGCGGCCCAUUAGUUAUAUAAGACGUGUUUGGUGGCCAUCGUAAUGCCAGAAAGAUUCCAGCCAAAUGUUUUAAGAAUUGUACCGGAUGUCAUACCCCUAACCCUAACGAAGCUAUCGAAUAUUCAAAUAUUUCACAUUUUGGUAAAAUUGCAUUUAUUUACAAGAUAAUUGUAAUAAGAUAAAAUAUAUUUAUUUCGAUAUUUAUCAGUCAUGGGGACAAAAAUACCGUUUAUUCUUCGAUUUUUUUCUUGUUCGAAUACUAACAAUUUUGUAAAAACUGAAAAUUUAGGUAGGAUAAUGGAAUUUUUUUUGGUGGCCCAUCAAGCUACGGCUCGUGGCCCGAUUAGAUGGGACAUGGCCACGGGCCGUAGAGGAGUCACCACCCCUGUAGCUUCACUCUGCUCAUGAUGCUCCAAACAUCGAUCGAAAAACUAAUGGCUUAUCUGGUGUUCCCAAACUCAAUCUGGACUGGUAAUUUGCGGUUUUGUGGUGCACCAUAUCUAUUCAGCAUUCCUCUUCCACCUUAUCAUCACUCCUUUCCCUUAAAUAAAUAUGAAUAUAGUUUAUUUUUCCUAUAUAAGGUUAAGUACAGUUCUGCAAUAGUUAAUUAAAUACAUUUGUUGGUAGUGAUACAAUGGGCAGUUUGAAAGAAACACUGCGAAGAAAUCGAAAAUACAUUCUCGAGGAAAUAGAAGACUGUGCAAUUAUUUUGGAAACUUUGUAUCAAAAGGAAUUACUAGGAAAAAGGCAAUAUCAAGAAAUAAAGUCUAAAACUAUACACAUAGACGCAGUGGCGUAUUUGCUUGAUUGUAUAGAGAAUUUGGGUGAAGUAGGAUUUUUCUCAUUUUGUGACUGUUUACGAGAAGAUUAUCCUUGGAUUGAAAAACGACUUUUGACAGCAGCGAAUGAUGAGGGAUUAAUAGAAAAUACUAUUACAUCUACACGCUCGAAUUCCGUCAAAAGUAGUCUGAAUUUUGAUGACCAAUUUUUAUCUAAACACCCGUCAGAAAAACAGUUACUGCAAAUUUGUAAGUCCCUUUCUGUGAAUGACUGGGAAAUUCUUGGUUUAGAACUUGGGUUAUCUUCAAAUGAAAUUGAUUUAUGUAAACAUCGCUCAAAUAAUAUUAUAAUGCAAGCACAUGGUAUGCUAGUCUUAUGGACAAGGCGAAAACCUGAAGAAACAAAUUUUAGAAAUUUGAUUAAUGCUUUGAAUAAUUGUGAUUUGCAGCAUGUUAUUCAUAAAAUUAAUGACAUUGUAUUGUAAAAAAGAUGCAAUUUUGCCCAACAUUCACCCCAUCAAAUGAAAAUGAAAAAUAGUACUGAUGGAAGAGAUGAAAGUAUACUUGAAGUGAGGUCCCUAGCCAUCAACUAAAUGUGGAAAGAGUAUUGUUAGUAGAGUUUCAUUAUUGCUCAAAUCAAGAUUUUGAGCCCUAGACUAAAAGUGAAAAGAGUACUGAUAAAGGAGUUGCAAGUUUGCUCAAAGCGAGGUCCCUUUGCCUGAUUUGAAUCUCAUUAUUCCUCUCCCACUUAGCAUAAAAAGUCUGUUGCCUUUCUUUGUUCAAUUUUUCAAGGAUCUUUAGCUGGUGUUACGUGCCAUAUGCAAUCUGACUUUUGUACAUUUUGAAUACUUUAUAAUGUAUGCCUAAAUGUGGGCGCUUCAGAAGUAUGUGUACCAAUAUGGAGGUAACGAA